AUGGCUGAUACAUCUGUCGAACAAACCUUAGGUAGUGAGCGAAGUCAUGCCUCACAAGAGCCACCAAACAUAUCCUCAAGCAAUGACAGCUCGAACGUCGGCCCCAAAGCAUUUGACGCUUCUUCUCCACCCACUGGAAUAGGUUAUAAGGCAACCUCUGCACUUCCAGCGCGAAUGCAGACCGAAGCAGGCUUCUACAAGACCUUCAUUGUUGAGGUCGUCAUCAAUGGAGUAUAUGACCAAGCUGGAAACUCCAACAAGAUCAAGAAGCCAAACUGGCCGCGGGGAAACUUUGAGUACUUGUACUCUCCAGGCAGAGAUGUCCUGGGAACCUUUGCCAGUACUUCAGUGUUCUACAAUGACACUGAAGAUACUAGUGGUAGCACGUACAUUGACUCACCAAGCCCGUUUGUCCACAAAGAUGGGCAGAUUACAUACAAGUGGUACAAGGAAACAGACCAGAAUGCCUACCUGGUUUUCAACAUCAAGUCCCAUAAGUACAUUUUCAUAGAUCCAACGCUGCCCAUCAGAGCACUCUAUUUCCCCCAAAUCUUCCAGGACCCCAGCUAUCCAGGCUUCAGCAGAGUCGGGACCAUUCAGUUUCACAAGUUCUCCGCGCAAGGCUUGACCCUGAAGAACUACUGGGACAAUGAGCCUAUUCAUUUAGACAUCACCAACGGCCGGGGACUGGGUUACUCUGGAGCAGCUCUAUGUUUGAAUGUCCAGUCAAUAAUGGCGGCUUUGUGCAUUCCAGAGGAUAGAGCCGCCCGCCGCGCCGAUGGCACACAUAUCUGUUUUGACUCUAUCUGGCUCCUUCGUGAAGCAGCCUCGCUCAACGCGGUAGACGACUCCGUUAGUCAGUGGGACUCGGGAGAUUUCCACAGAAAGGGCAAUGAUUGGACGUCGAUAAAUGAAGGGAUUCGCUUCGUGUAUGCACCUCUUGAUAAAUCUGCUUGGUCAACCUUUGUCAAGCAAAUUGUCGGAGCUUGGCUGGGUCUGAUUCCUAUCAUGGGCCCUCUCUUAGCACUAAACUGGGACAUCAUAUACUCAUAUUUGGAUGACCCUGCAGGGUUCGCCAACUAUGCUCAUAUCGGUAAAGAAUGGUUGGCUAUCUUGAAGUUCCAGGCAGCGGAACUUAAGAAGGCAAUCAAGUAG